CUCUUCUGGGCUUGGUGUGCUGCUCUGGAAGCUGUGUGUGUCAACCUUCUCCAGCCUCCAGGUCCCCCGGAUUAGAGAUGCAGACGCCACAUUGCAGGGCCCCCAAUCUCCUGCUCAUCCUUCUGGGCCCCAUACUGUUGGCGGUGGUCCGGGCUGCAAUGGAGAGCCAAGGUGAGGAGACAACAAUCUUGUUAUUGCUGCCUGCAGUUGGGAUAUUAGUGGCACUUUGUGGGCAGACAAAUGGACGCGCAGAGGGACUCAAGCAGCACUCUAUGAACUUGAGAAGGAGCCAGCCUAUUGGGAUGCUCAGGCCAGGGCAACACUGGAAGCUGCGCUGAAGCUCCGCCCUCGGGAGCACCAGGCCAAGAACCUCAUCCUGUUCCUCGGUGACGGUAUGGGUGUGUCGACAGUGUCGGCAGCUCGAAUCCUGCGAGGUCAGAUGGAGGGCGGCUCGGGGGAGGAGACAAUGCUGGCCAUGGACACUUUCCCAUAUCUAGCCCUGUCAAAGACCUACAGUGUGGAUAAGCAGGUAGCAGACAGCGCUAGCACGGCAACAGCCUAUCACUGUGGAGUAAAAGCCAACGUUAAAACAGUGGGGCUCAGCGCUAACGCAGUGGCCUACGAGUGUAACACCACCUUCGGGAAUGAAGUCUACUCAGUGCUACGGCGUGCUAAAGCACAAGGUAAAUCAGUUGGUGUAGUGACCACCACACGCGUCCAGCAUGCCUCCCCGGCAGCAGCUUAUGCCCACUCUGUCAGCCGAAGUUGGUACAGUGACGCAGAUAUUCCUUCAGGCGCUCGCCAACAGGGGUGCGUCGACAUUGCCACCCAACUCGUCACCAAUGUUGAUAUUGAUGUAAUUCUUGGGGGAGGCAGGAUGUAUAUGACACCAAAAGGCACUGCAGACCCCGAGUACCCUACCUCCAACUCUCGAAAGGGGGACCGCAAAGACAAAAGGAACCUCAUUGAUGUGUGGCUAAAGGCUAAACCAAAAAAGAAGUCACACUAUGUAUGGCACAGGAAGGAGUUUGAUGAGAUUAAUGUUAAAACUACUGACAGGCUAAUGGGUCUGUUUGAGCCAAAGGACAUGCGAUUCGAGGUUUUUCGGAACAGAACACGGGACCCCUCCAUCGUGGAGAUGACGGAGAAAGCCAUACAAAUCCUCAGCAAGAAUCCCAAAGGAUACUUCCUGUUUGUGGAAGGAGGAAGAAUUGAUCACGGCCACCAUGACGGCAUUGCCAAACUGGCCCUGACAGAAGCUGUGAUGUUCGACCGAGCCAUUCAGCACGCUGCACAUCUAACCAGGGAAUCUGAUACUCUCACCGUGGUCACUGCUGACCACUCCCACGUCUUCACCUUUGGAGGAAACACACCUCGAGGGAAUCCCAUCUUCGGCCUGGCACCAAAGAGAGCCGAUGACAAAAUGCCUUUCACCAGCAUACUGUAUGCCAACGGCCCUGGUUAUGUUCAUAUAAAUGGAACCAGAGGGAACAUCACAAUGGUGGAUUACCAUGAUGAGGAGUACAUGCAGCAGGCUGCCGUCCCGUUGGAUUCUGAGACGCACGGCGGGGAGGAUGUGGCCAUCUAUGCCAAAGGCCCAAUGGCUCACCUGUUCCAUGGAGUGAAAGAGCAGAACUACGUGGCACAUGUCAUGGCCUACGCUGCCUGCUUAGAGCCCUACACAGACUGCCCCCCUCAUCCCCACAGCCGCACCUCAAGCAGCUGCGUAAACACAACCUCUAGCCUCUUGUUUGGCCUGCUUACCCUCCUUUGGUUACUCAGAUGACCCCAUAAACACAUUGCAUCGACACAACACAAAGGUCACAAAUACGAUGUAUGCAUGCAGCAAUCAGACACUUAAUGCACUAAACAUUGAUACAUGAGAACAUGCGCACACAACGACUAUAUGCAUUCAGGUCAGAUUGCAGGGAUAGACAUAAUUAUGCAAUGCCGUAUGUGUACAAAUAUAACCUCAUACAUCCUGAUCACAAAGUGUACAUUCAAAUGAGCAUGUAUUCAAGAGAAAAUCCAAAUCCAGGUGCAUGUAGUAACAAACAGGCAGGGUAGAACAUAAACAAAUAUGCAAACAACUCUUUAAGAUACAGUCCAUGCAACGGUCGCUAUUACAGAGCUGUCUGUAUUUACUUCAAAAGGACUAUUUAAAACCUACUAAUGACUACUAACUUGCACUAACUAGUUUUAGUUAGUUAAAUUUCAGUUGUCUUCUUGUUUUCCAAAGUUAGAUACUGCUUGAUCAGAGCUAUUAAACAUGUACGAGGAGCUGCUUACACAUCCUUUUUACACCUCUGAGGAUUUACAAGGAAUAACUUGAAACAAACAAGCACACUGAGGGCUCACUGUUCAGCUUGUGGACAUUAAGAAAGUACACACAGAUGUUGAUCUUUAUGGCUGUGACUGUGUGGAUGGAAUAAAUGACUAUAUGAUGAUAUCAGAAACCUGAACUACAGCCAUCGUGCCAUGACAAGCUGCGACACCAACAGACCUUACACGAAUCAUGAAGAUGCUGCAUGAUUGAGAAACAUGUAGCUAUUCGUUUUUAGUAUAUAUUUGAUCAAGUUUGUAUCUUGACCUCCAUAAAGUCAAUCUGUUCUCUUUCCAGGUCACUUGAUAUUUAAUCUAUUUAGAUUGUACAUGAAUGUAUUUUGUAAGCAAAA